CGAGCCGGAAGCACCCUGGCUAGCUGGCUGGGUCCCGGCGCGUGGGGACUUUCUGCAGAGUUUGAGCGGCGGGACCGCGGCGGCGGAGAGCGUGAGCUGCUCGGACACCCGAGUCCCUCGCAGCCAUGCUGACCCCCGCGUUCGACCUCAGCCAGGACCCGGACUUCCUUACUGUCGCCAUACGCGUGCCCUACGCCCGGGUCUCGGAGUUCGACGUCUAUUUCGAGGGGGUCGACUUCAAGUUCUAUGCCAAGCCAUACUUUCUCAGAUUAACCCUUCCUGGAAGAGUUGUGGAAAAUGGAAGCGAACAAGGGUCCUAUGAUACGGAUAAAGGAAUUUUUACCAUUCGAUUGCCCAAAGAAACUCCUGGCCAGCAUUUUGAGGGGCUGAACAUGUUAACUGCUCUUCUGGCACCAAGAAAAUCCAGGACUGCAAAACCACUUGUGGAAGAAAUAGGUGCAUCUGAGGUCUCUGAGGGAGGAGUAGAAGAUGAGGAUGAAGAAUUCGACUGGGAAAUUGAACAGUCCCCCUAUGAAGAGGCAUCAGAAAGUGCUCUGAGUCCUCAGUACCACUAUGGCUUUGGAAACUUACGAUCCGGAGUGUUUCAGCGGUUACAGGAUGAAUUGAGUGAUGUUAUUGAUAUUAAGGAUCCAGAUUUCACUCCUGCAACAGAACGAAGGCAGAAACGUCUGGCUGCUGAGCUGGCCAAAUUUGAUCCUGAUCAUUAUCUAGCUGACUUUUUUGAAGAUGAGGCUGUUGAACAGGUUUUGAAGUAUAAUCCUUGGUGGAGUGAUAUAUAUUCAGAAAUGAUGGCCUCUUUGGGAAAGAGUCAGGAGCAAGAAAAUCAUGCUGCAUUAGUGUCUUUUUCUGAAGAAGAGAAAUAUCAGCUGCGAAAAUUUGUCAAUAAAUCUUACCUGCUGGACAAGAGAGCUCAUCGCCAAGUGUACUACAGUCUGAUUGAUAUCCUUCUGGCAUAUUGCUAUGAAACUCGUGUCACUGAAGGAGAGAAGAAUGUCGAAUCUGCAUGGAAUAUUAGAAAACUGAGUCCCACACUGUGCUGGUUUGAGACUUGGACUAAUGUUCAUGAAAUCCUGGUGUCUUUUGGAAGACGAGUUUUGUGCUACCCACUUUAUCGCCACUUCAAGCUGGUGAUGAAAGCCUACAGAGACACUAUAAAGAUACUGCAACUAGGUAAAAGUGCAGUUUUAAAGUGUCUCCUGGAUGUUCACAAAAUUUUUCAGGAAAACGACCCUGCUUAUAUUCUGAAUGAUCUCUACAUCUCAGACUACUGUGUGUGGAUUCAGAAAGCCAAGUCCAAAAAGUUGGCAGCUCUUGCAGAAGCCUUAAAGGAAGUGCCCCUGACAAAGGCCCAGCUGGGACUAGACCUGGAAGAACUGGAAGCCGCAGCACUUCUUGUGCAGGAGGAAGAAACAGUGUUAAAAGCAGCCCGGUCCAUUUCCAGGCAGCAGACGCCUUCCUCCAGUCCUGAGACAAGUGAUUCCGAGGAAUCAGACAGCACCACGUCCUCUGAGACUGAAGGCUCUGACUCAGAACGAGGGGAGCUCACAGGGAGUGAAUCUGAGACAGCAGAUCCCCUGCGAGGCCCCUCUCUGGAGGGAAGCAGCACCCUUAUUGUCGACGGUGGGGUGUGCAGAAACUCAGCCACCGCGACAUCGAAUGGAAGUCCCGGGAAGCCGCAUUCCUCCUCCCAGGCCCUUGGAGGGUCCGGGCCACUGAUAGAGGAGCUUGGAGAGCACCUGAACUCGACCGUUCAAGUUUCUGAACCCGAGGACUCGGCUACUGGAAGCCACAGCAGCGUGCGGGCCAGAGAUGACCAGCAAACACCAAGUGAUUGACUCCAAGUGGUCUUCCCCACCAUUGAGAAUUACGUCAGAUUUGGUUUCCUUUACUGAAGGAUAAUUCUUCAUUUUCACUUUGUCCUUUUUCUUAGUGUAUACAACACUGUUUUUCAAUGAGCUGAUGUUGUUACCUGUUGGUUUCCUUG